AUGACCACUCAGUUAGCACUUCUUGAAGCUGAUGGUCAAUAUGAACUGGAUGGUGAUGAGUCUGACUAUAUUUCUUCGGUUGCAUCAUCUGAUGAUGAAAGUUGGAAUAAUGUUGUCCCACUUCCAACUAAAUCAAAAUUUACUCCUGUCAUUUUAUCGUCACCCUUUCCAAGUAAAUUAUUGCAACCGGCUCCUAACGAAAAAGAGGAUCCUGAAUCAAGGAUUCUUAUAAGCUUGAAAGAGCUUGCGAGGUUGGGUUUUCAAAGUGGAAAUGCGUUGCCAUCAGUUUAUGUUACACCAAUGCUUCAUUUCAACCUUGGGUUUGGCGAAACGAUUGCAUCAAAUGCGUGUCUAUUUAUUCAGCCAACUAAACAAAAUCAAUCGCCACCUCCCGUUACUAGAAGCAUUUUUGUGGCAAGGGUGGCAUCACCAUCGUCCACUGAUAGAUCUAUCCAUACAGCAAGCAUCAAUGGACUUAAAAACUGGUUUGAAGAAGCUGAUAGGAUAGUUUGCGAAGGGGAUAUUAUAGCAAUACCUACUGACGAGGAAGCUGCACGGUUAAGACCACAGAAAAUUGAAGGUGAUAUUGAGACAUUAGAAGACAUGGAUAUUGCAACGUCACCAAUCAAUCCUGGAACUGUAGUAUAUUUCAAAAUUUCAGAUAUGAAACGCAAGAAUGCGAAAAUAUGUUCGAAAUAUGGUUAUGGCAUGCGCGUAGAUCAUAAUUGUACUGAAAUGGUUCAAACUGGAAUGGUACAUUCUAAAGUGCCUUUCGUGAAACAUUAUUUGAAUCCCAAUGUUUCGAAUCGAUUAGAUUUAUAUCCAUUUCUAACCUCGUCAGAAACACCUCAGUCUCGAUUUUUCAACCUUAUUUCUUCGUGCCUACAUCCAAGUGCUGUGUCACUUAAUCUCAGCUGUACUGUUCUUUUGCAUGGUCCACGUGGCUGUGGCAAAAAGGCAGCAGUCGAAUGGAUUUCCGAAAGAAUUGGUGUUCAUGUUUAUGAGGUGAAUUGCUUUGACUUUGCGGGUGAAACUGAUACAAAAACAGAAACGUCUCUUCGUUCAAGACUUGAUAAAGCUGUGACUUGUUCUCCUUGUGUGUUAUUAUUACGUCAUAUUGAUGCACUUGCUAGGAAAAGUGCUAUAUUGGAGACUGGUCAAGAACCUACAAUUUCUAUUAUCUUACAAGAAUCUUUUAAACAACUGAUUGAAAAUUUCCAAACUAUUGGAUAUCCAGUUUUAGUAGUGGGUACGACAGGUGAUAUUGAUAAAGUACCUUCCAGCGUGAUUGGUUGUUUUAGGCAUGAAAUUAUUUUCGAAGCUCCAUCCGAGUCAGUAAGAUUAGAAAUUUUAAAGCAAUUGACAAGUGAAACACCGGUCUCUCCGGAUGUUUCGUUAUCAUCACUAGCAACACAAACCGCUGCAUUAGUCGCUAAUGAUUUGGUGGAUUUAGUUGCAAGAGCAGGCUUGGCUGCACUGGAACGCGUAGAAAAUGUCGUGAAAAGAACAAAACAAUCAUUAAAAGAUAUUGAUCUUAUACAUGCAGGAAUUGCUCUAACAGCAGCUGAUUUUGAUGAUGCUCUCGGCAAAGCAAGAGCUUCAUAUUCAGAUAGUAUUGGCGCCCCAAAAAUUCCGAAUGUAACAUGGGAUGAUGUUGGAGGCCUUGCAUCUGUAAAAAAUAAUAUAUUAGAUACUAUACAAUUGCCACUUGAACAUCCAGAAUUGUUCGCUAGUGGCAUGAAGAAAAGAUCAGGAAUCUUGCUCUAUGGACCACCAGGAACAGGAAAAACACUUCUCGCCAAGGCUGUUGCCACCUCAUGUUCUCUUAAUUUCUUUUCUGUAAAAGAAUCAGAAGCUAAUGUUCGACGCGUUUUCCAACGCGCAAGAGAUGCUAAACCAUGCGUAAUAUUUUUUGAUGAACUGGAUUCUGUUGCUCCAAAAAGGGGAGAGAAGGGAGACUCUGGUGGUGUAAUGGAUAGAAUUGUUAGUCAACUUUUGGCUGAAUUGGAUGGAAUGGGGCAAGGUGGUGGGGCAGCAGAUGUAUUUGUUAUUGCAGAAAAAUGUCCAUUUAACUAUACUGGAGCAGAUUUCUAUGCCUUAUGUUCUGAUGCUAUGUUGAAAGCCAUGUCAAGAACGGCUGAGGCAGUAGAAGCCAAAUAUUAUCUAAAUCAUCUCGCAACAUCUGAUGAUAUUCUUGUAGAAGUCACACAAGAGGAUUUUGAGAAAGCUUUGCGGGAACUUAUACCCUCUGUUUCUGAAAAAGAAUUAGAACAUUACCGUAUGGUUACAGUUUUAUCUUAG